CGCACCAUGUUGACCGGGGUGACCGAUGGGAUCUUCUGCUGCCUGCUGGGUGCACCACCCAACACGGUGGGACCCCUGGAGAGUGUGGAGUCCAGCGAUGGCUACACUUUUGUGGAGGUCAAGCCAGGCCGUGUCCUGCGGGUGAAACACGCUGGGCCUACUCCGACCCCAAACCCACCACCACCACCACCACUCCCCGACGAUGCUCAGGGGGACCGCUCCGGCCUGGUCCGCUGCCAGCGCCGAAUCACUGUGUACCGCAACGGGCGGUUAUUGGUGGAAAACCUGGGCCGAGAGCCACGAGCCGACCUGCAUUGGCAAAAUGGCUCUGGAGAGCCUCCAGCCGCCCUGGAGGUGGAAUUGGCAGAGCCAGCAGGCAGUGAGAGCCGUUCAGGUCCCGGCAGUGCGGGCAGCAGCGGGCGUCGGCGGCGUGCCCGGCGCCCCAAGCGGACCAUCCACAUUGACUGUGAGAAGCGCAUCACCAGCUGCAAGGGUGCCCAGGCUGAUGUGGUGCUCUUUUUCAUCCACGGAGUCGGUGGCUCCCUGGCCAUCUGGAAGGAACAGCUGGACUUUUUUGUGCGCCUGGGCUAUGAGGUGGUAGCUCCAGACCUGGCAGGCCACGGGGCCAGCUCAGCACCCCAGGUGGCUGCGGCCUAUACCUUCUACGCCCUGGCUGAGGACAUGCGAGCUAUCUUCAAGCGCUAUGCCAAGAAACGCAACAUACUCAUCGGGCAUUCAUACGGUGUCUCCUUCUGCACGUUCCUGGCGCACGAAUACCCAGACCUGGUGCACAAGGUGAUCAUGAUCAACGGCGGGGGACCUACAGCGCUGGAGCCCAGCUUCUGCUCCAUCUUCAACAUGCCCACGUGUGUCCUGCAUUGUCUGUCCCCCUGCCUGGCCUGGAGCUUCCUCAAGGCUGGCUUCGCUCGCCAAGGGGCCAAGGAAAAGCAGCUGCUGAAAGAGGGUAACGCAUUCAACGUGUCGUCAUUUGUGCUGCGCGCCAUGAUGAGUGGGCAGUACUGGCCUGAAGGAGACGAGGUGUACCACGCUGAACUCACCGUGCCAGUCCUGCUUGUCCAUGGCAUGCAUGACAAGUUUGUGCCAGUGGAGGAGGACCAGCGCAUGGCCGAGAUCCUGCUUCUGGCCUUCCUGAAGCUUAUCGAAGAGGGUAGCCACAUGGUGAUGCUCGAGUGCCCAGAGACCGUGAACACGCUACUCCACGAGUUUCUGCUGUGGGAGCCCGAGCCCACUCCGCAGGCCCUGCCCGCAUCCCAGGAGGAGAAAAAGUAG